AUGCAAGUCCUCAACGCCCAGCCCGUUCCUUCACACAUGCGAUCCGUCCCAGGAUCAAUCAACAUCCCCGUCGCCAAGUUUCCAGCACCACCCGAAACACCAUCCCCUCCUGACAUUGACAUCAAGCACGUCGUAGUCCAGGUUGUCAAAGCUGUGAAUGACGCUUUGGCCCAAAAUUCGCUAGCAUCACUCGCAGGGCUAUUUGCGGAAGACGGAUACUGGCGUGACCAUCUCGCUCUGUCCUGGGACUUUCGCACCAUUCACAGUCCUUCAAAGAUCCUGCAAUAUCUCCAGGCCUGUUCCAAGUCAAAAGAUGGCUUCAGACUGCGAAAGAUUGCCAUCGACGAGGGCAGUCCAACCAAGGGCUGUAAACUUGUCCCCAUAGAUGCAGAGGCAACCGUCACGGGAAUACAAUUUUACUUGACCUGCGAAACCGCUCAUGGUACAGGCCGUGGUAUAGCUCGUCUCGUUGAACAAAGCGGCACAUGGAAGAUCUUCACAUUCUACACUCGCCUCGAGGAGCUAAGGGGCUUCGAAGAGCCCACUGGUGCCCGGCGCUCCAAGGGUGUCGAACACGGCGGGAAGCCAGGGCGAAAGAACUGGGCAGAGAGAAGAAACGAAGCCUCUAAUUUCGAAGCAAACGACGAUCCGGCCGUAGUAAUAAUUGGCGCAGGACAAGCCGGUCUCACAGCCGCGGCACGCCUCAAAAUGCUCGGCGUAGAAACCCUCGUGAUUGACCAGAAUGACCGUGUAGGCGACAACUGGCGCAAGCGGUAUCAUCAACUUGUUCUUCACGACCCAGUCUGGUAUGACCACAUGCCAUAUCUCAGUUUCCCUAGCCACUGGCCCAUCUUCACCCCUAAAGACAAGCUGGCCCAAUUCUUUGAGAGCUACGCCGCACUUCUUGAACUCAACAUAUGGACAAAAACGCAACUCGUUCACACCAACUGGGACUCAACCAAGAACACAUGGACCGUGGUGGUAAAUCGCAUCCGCUCAGACGGUACAAGUGAGAUUCGCAAAUUCCACCCUCGCCACAUCAUCCAAGCGACCGGACACUCAGGCAAAAAGAACCAGCCCACCAUAAAAGGCCAAGACUCCUUCACCGGCCUACUUUGUCACUCCUCGGAAUUCCCAGGUGCGCAGAAUAACUCGACGGGUAAAAAGGCCGUCGUUGUAGGCUCAUGCAAUUCCGCCCACGACAUUGCACAAGACUAUCUCGAAAAGGGAUACGACAUUACCAUUGUACAGCGCUCAACCACGCACGUCGUCUCCUCCAAGGCCAUCACUGACAUUGCCCUCAGCGGCAUAUAUUCUGAAGAUGGACCGCCCGUCGACGACGCUGACAUGCUCAUCCACGGCUUGCCAACCCCCGUCCUAAAAGCAAUCCAGAUCAAUGUCGCGGACCGACAGGCCGAGCACGAUAAACCCCUGCUGGAGGGUCUCGCAAAGGCAGGCUUCAAGGUUGACCGGGGCCCAGAUGGUGCAGGACUAUUCUUCAAGUACUUCCAGCGCGGUGGCGGGUAUUACAUCAACGUGGGAGCUUCGGAACUUAUUGCCGAAGGCAAAAUUAAAGUGAAACAGGGGCAGGAAAUUGAGGAGAUAUUGCCGCAUGGGAUUCGGUUUGCCGACGGUUCGGAGCUAGAGGCCGAUGAGGUUGUGUUCGCCACGGGAUAUCAGAAUAUGCGUACACAGACGCGCAUCAUGUUUGGUGAUGAGGUGGCUGAUAGGGUUGGAGAUGUUUGGGGAUUUAAUGAAGAAGGAGAGAUGAGGACGAUUUGGCAGAAGAGCGGCCAUCCGGGUUUUUGGUUCCACGGAGGGAAUUUGGCCUUGUGUCGCUAUUAUUCAAGGCUUUUGGCUCUGCAGAUUAAGGGGUUGGAGGCGGAUUUGUAUCGAUAUGAGGAUAUUUGA